AUGGGCUGGGUACACAAUGCUUCGCCGGAGAUCGACGCCCAGUCCAGGUAUCCACUCAUUUUGGGGGUAUGCAUCGCUCUGACUCUGUUGAUGGUCAUCACCGUUUGCCUGCGACUGUUCGUGCGUAUCAAACUGGGGAGAUUCGACCCUUCCGACUAUGUGAUGGUGUUUGGAAUGAUCUUCAGUAUUGUUUACAAUGCUCUUUGUAUAGCUCAAAGCCGUUAUGGACUGGGAUUACCGCUGGUGUUGCGGCCAAAGCCAGACCUCCCAACGUACACAAAGCUCAACUACGCCGGUCGGCCAUUCUACCAACUCGGAAUCGCCGGUUUCAAAGCCGCACUGUGCAUCAACUACCUUCAUCUGCUCGCAAAGACGUCCAAGCGCUUUUACCGCAUGUUGGUCUGGGUGGUGAUUCUACUGUCGACCUUGGGACAUGUGGCUGGCACACUGGUUCUCAUUCUAAACUGCAAGCCGGUCGAGCGGUCCUGGAAUCCGACCAUCCCUGGUAAAUGCCUUCCGGUAGGACCGACCUUCUACGGUCUUGCAGCCUUUACAAUCAUCUGCGAUGUGGCCGUCAUCUUCCUGCCGAUUCCAUUGCUACUCCAGUUGAACGUGAAACCGGCACAGAAGGCAGGCGUGGUGUGCUUGUUCCUGCUUGGACUGUUCACUACUCUCUGCUCCAUUCUGCGCCUAACUCAGAUCCAUCGCGUGGUGGCCGUAGAUGGUGAUUCGACCAUGUUAGUCCUCUGGGGCACAAUCGAAUUCAAUGUCGGAAAUAUCGUCACCUCUCUUCCGUUCCUUACGCCCCUUCUCAAGAUAUGGGUCCGCGACUUUCACUCCCGCAGUGGCGGCGAGCUUCGCAAGAACACCGGAUACUCAUUGCAGUCCUACUCCAAGAACCGACAGUCUCAAUUGAGAUCAGUAACCCCCAAGGAGCCAGCCCUUGUUCACCGAACGCCCAGCGAGGAGCUAAUCCUCGACACUGACGAUUCCACUGCUCGAGCGAACGCCGAGAUCCAUGUCACGGUCGAGUACCGUGUCUCACACGAGAACGAUAAAUGA